AUUAACUUAUCUCCAACCCCUCCCUCUCCAAAAUCAUUUUCCUUUGAUCGAAAUCCCAAGUACUGUGGAGUCUAGAAGAAGAAACAGAGGAAUGAUUUAUUAGUUUAGCAGUAAACCCCAACAAUCAUUCAAUUUCAGGGUUGGUUACUAUUCACGGGGACGGCUUUUUCACACUACCAAAAAACAACCCUUUCACCAAUAUUCACUGCAACCAACUACUGCUACUUCCUCUCCAGACUCCCCACUUUCUUUUCCCCUUCGUCUCUAUAUUAUAUAACCUCCCCUCCGUUACACACUUUCCUCCUUCACACACCUUAACUUUCCUCAGGAACCCUUUCUUUCUCUGCUUGUGAUUUUGGUUGAAUUUCUAGUACUCGAUCCUACUACAAUACUAUUAUAUAUGGAAGUUCAUCAAGAAGAAAUUAUCUUGGGGUCGAAGCAUAUGAUCUUCAAAGGAAAGCGAACCAAGCGACAAAGAACCGUGCCUCAACCACCCUUCCUCUUAACCAUGGCCACGACAACAAGCUCGUCCUGUAGCACUGGUACUCCUGGCGGUGACUCGUUUACCGCUUUCAAUCGCGUCACCACCUCGCCUUCAAAUUCUGGUGAAUUGACACAGACCUCCGUAGUAGGUGUAGAUCAAGAAGAAGACAUGGCCAAUUGCUUAAUUCUUCUAGCCCAAGGCCGUGCCCGGAAAUCAACGCAACCCACUACUCAUCCUCCCAUGCCUAGUACUAGCACUGCAAAGUCAUCUUCCGCGGUCCAUGAUGUCUACCAGUGCAAGACAUGCAACCGUAGUUUCCCUUCUUUUCAAGCGCUUGGCGGCCACAGGGCAAGUCACAAGAAGCCCAAGCCAACUGAUCUCGAAGGCAAAUCCCCUCCUCCUUUGUCCUUAGGAGCACAUCAAGAAUCUACUGUUGGAUUGAUCAGGGAUGAAGAUACGACCUUGUCGCUUCAGAUUCCAAGCGGCCGAAAAGACCCCAUCAUUGCCGGUGAUGUCAAUAAGUCUAGGGUUCACGAGUGUUCGAUAUGUGGUGCUGAGUUCAGCUCUGGCCAAGCCUUAGGGGGUCACAUGAGGCGACACAGACCCCUGCCGACGCUAACUGGCACCAGCAGUAACGACGAGGAGGGUUCUCGAGAAUUUGCAGUCAAGAAGCCAAGAGCCCUCCUGUCUUUAGACCUGAAUCUUCCGGCUGCCCCAGACCAACCUGAAGAUGAUUACAGCACAGAAUCCAAAUACCCCUUUGCAUCCGCUAAGCAACAAGUUAUUGUCUUCUCCGCAUCUCCUCAUCCCUUGGUCGAUUGCCAUUACUAAUCAAAUCAAACCCUCUGUUCAGCUAUUCUUUUGUUAACUGAUCUGAUCAACGUUAAUUAGGAAAUUAAUUUGUCAAAUAUCGACAUUAAUUUGUCUUCAUUUGUUAA